CCAUGACCAGCAAACCCUAACGACCUAGAUUCAGAAGAAUACUUACCUACCUGGGUAUUACAAUCACUUGGCCUUCGGCUUGCGCAGCGACGUCAUGGAUACUCCUCCGCCUGUUCUCCCUCCCAAGCCAGGCAGUCACGAGACCAGCCGCAUCGGCACACCGAUCACAUCCAACUCGCCGUGGCCCGGCGCCGGCGCUGGUCUCGAUGCAAAUGGUGCCGGUGUUAGCCGGGUGCACCCAGCUCAUCAACCUGCUGGUUUGGAGUUCGCCCGACCAGAUCCUGUGCCUGAUCCGGGCGACCAAUGGCUUCCAAAGUUGUUGCAAGACAAGUCGAAGCAAGACCUUGCUGACAUAGCGACAAGUCCGGAACUUCUCAACGCCCUUACUCACGCACCGAGCACAAUACAUCCCUCCCUCUCCUCCUCACACAAGGCCCUCCAGACAGCCUUGACCGACAACCUUGAGCUCGCUUCGCGGCUAAUCGAGUUUGAGACUCGAUUAGCCCACCAGAGAUCUGCAACACAGGCGCAGCUCCUCUCCACACACGCCCUCGAACGUCAAUGGAGGCAAAAACAGUCUGAUAUGGACCAUGCGCUCGCGCCCUUCUCCCCCACGUCUAUGUAUCAGCGCCUGGGGCAAGGUGUACACGAGCAGGCCUCUGUGUGUCACGUCUUGGAGGAAAGCUUCAUAGAGGGUGAGGGGGACGGUGCAUAUGCGUCAGAGAGGGAAACGUUGGACUGGGUUAAGAGGUACAGAGAUGCCAAGGUCCUGUACAACCUUCGGCAAGAGCGAAAAGAACGAUGGGACGAAGGCCGUGUCGGUGGCUGGAGAUGAAUUUAGGAGGCGUUUUCGAAUACUACGUGGUUUGGUAAAGGCGGGAACGCGGAACAAUGCUUGAGGGCUAUGAUAGGGGUGUUUCUACCAUAGGUCACAUAUGGAAGGCCUCAAAAGUCGCUAUAGGCAAGUAGAUCCGCGCUACCACUUGAUAGUACCGUUGCGAAGCGGUAAUACCUGUGGAGCAAGCCGAGAUCUUCAUAACUCUAAUCUACCAACAUAAC